CCCAGCGUAUUGCGCCAUGAUUUGAAACGCCCCUGUACGCGGUCGCGUGUGGCAGGGCUGCCGGACGCGUCCGCCCUGUGGCUGGCGCCGUACGAGGAGCCGCGCGUGCGCUGGCGCGUGCGCGCGCUGUGGCAGCGCCUGCGCCCGCUCUACGAGGAGCUGCACGCGCACGUGCGCCAGCGCCUGCGCGCGCACUUCGGUGCCGCGGCCGCGCCGCGCCGCGCGCCGCUGCCCGCGCACUUGCUGGGCCCGCCGCCCGCGCAGGCCUGGGGCCGCGCCGCGCCGCUCGCGCAGCCCUUCCCGCACAGGCCCAGGCCGGACAUCGCCGCCGCCAUGCGCAAGCAGGCGGACCGCUUCGCGCAGUCGCUGGGGCUGGCGGCGGCGCCGGCCGAGCUGUGGCGGCGCUCGCUGUUCGCGCGGCCCGCGCCGCCGCGCCGCGUGCUGUGCCACGCCUCCGCCUGGGACUUCUUCGACGGGCGCGACGUGCGCGUCAAGGCCUGCGCCGCGCCCUCGCUCGACGACCUGGCCGUCGCCGCGCACGAGAUGGGCCACGUGCAGUACUUCCUGCAGUACGCGCGCCUGCCGCUCGCCUUCCGCGAGGCAGCCAACCCCGGCGCGCCGUGCGGUGCUCGUACAGGCUUCCACGAGGCGGUGGGCGACGUGCUGGCGCUGGGGGUGACGGGCGAGCCGCACCUGCGCCGCCUGGGGCUGCUGCCGCCGGAGGGCGCGGGGGCGGAGGGCGCGGGGUCGGGCGCGUGGGAGGCGCAGCUGAACCUGCUGAUGGAGGCGGCGCUGGAGCGCGUGCCGCUGCUGCCCGUCGCGCUGGCGCUGGAGCACUGGCGCUGGGACACGUUCCAGCAGCGCGCGCGCCCGCGCCACGCGAGGGCGGCGGCGCCGCUGCUGCGCAGGCGCAAGUACGCGGGGGUGGGGCCGCCCGUGGAGCGCUCCGACGAGGACUUCGACCCGGGCGCCAAGUACCACGUGGCGGCCGGCGCGCCCUACCUACAGUACUUCGUGAGCGGCGUGCUGCAGUUCCAGCUGUUCCGCUCGCUGUGCGUGGCGGCGGGGCAGUUCGACCCCCGCCUGCCCUCCAAGCGGCCGCUCUUCCUCUGCGACCUCUACAGCAACGCCUCGGCGGGCGACAAGCUCGGGGCGAUGAUGCAGCUGGGCAGCAGCGUGGCGUGGCCCGAGGCGCUGGCGGCGGCGACGGGAGGCGCCGAGCGUGCCCUGGACGCGCAGGGCGUGCUGGACUACUUCGCGCCGCUGCUGCAGUGGCUGCGCGCCGAGAACCAACGCACGGGCGAGCCGCUCGGCUGGAGGGCAGGUGCGGCCGAUAAAGCAUUGCGUUAA